GAGCCUCGUCCUGCACUCUUACUUCAAGUAGAAUGAAAGCUCAUAAACUCUUCUCCCUGGGAUACAUCUUCUUGCCCUUGCUUUUUUGUCAACAGGCCUGGGGUCAAUUCCCAAGAGAGUGUGCCACUGUUGAGGCUUUGAAAAAUGGUGUGUGUUGCCCAGAUCUGGCCCCCCUGUUUGGCCCUGGGACUGACCGCUGUGGCUCCUCAUCAGGCAGAGGCAGGUGUGAGGCAGUGACUGCAGACUCCCGACCCCACAGCCACCAUUACCCCCAUGAUGGCAGAGAUGAUCGGGAGGGCUGGCCCACUCGGUUCUUCAAUAGGACAUGCCACUGCAAUGGCAAUUUCUCAGGACACAACUGUGGGACUUGCCGUCCUGGAUGGAGAGGAGCUGCCUGUGACCAGAGAGUCUUUACAGUUAGGAGAAAUCUUCUGGACUUAAGUACAGACGAAAAGAACCACUUUGUCCGGGCCCUGGAUACGGCAAAGCACACAACUCACCCUCAGUUUGUCAUUGCCACCAGGAGAUCAGAAGAAAUAUUGGGGCCAGAUGGCAACACGCCACAAUUUGAGAACAUUUCCAUCUAUAAUUACUUUGUUUGGACACACUAUUACUCAGUCAAAAAGACUUUCCUUGGGGCGGGACAGGAAAGCUUUGGUGAAGUGGAUUUCUCUCACGAAGGACCAGCUUUUCUCACGUGGCACAGGUACCACCUACUGCAGCUGGAGAGAGACAUGCAGGAAAUGUUGCAGGAUCCUUCUUUCUCCCUUCCUUACUGGAAUUUUGCGACCGGGAAGAACAUCUGUGACAUUUGCACUGACGACUUGAUGGGAUCGAGAAGCAACUUUGAUUCCAGUCUUAUAAGCCCAAACUCUGUGUUUUCUCAAUGGCGAGUGGUCUGCGAAUCUUUGGAAGAUUAUGAUACCCUAGGAACUCUUUGUAACAGCACUGAAGGUGGGCCAAUUAGGAGAAACCCAGCUGGAAAUGUGGCUAGACCAAUGGUGCAACGUCUUCCUGAACCACAGGAUGUCGCUCAGUGCUUGGAAGUUGCGUUAUUUGACACACCUCCUUUUUAUUCCAAUUCUACAAACAGUUUCCGAAACACAGUGGAAGGUUACAGUGAUCCCACAGGAAGGUAUGACCCUGCUGUUCGAAGCCUUCACAAUUUGGCUCAUCUAUUCUUGAACGGAACAGGGGGACAAACCCAUUUAUCUCCAAAUGAUCCUAUUUUUGUCCUCCUGCAUACUUUCACUGAUGCUGUCUUUGAUGAAUGGCUGAGGAGAUAUCAUGCUGAUAUAUCCACAUUUCCACUGGAAAAUGCCCCUAUUGGACAUAAUAGACAAUACAACAUGGUGCCAUUCUGGCCUCCAAUUACCAACAUAGAAAUGUUUGUCACUGCUCCAGACAACCUGGGAUAUACUUAUGAAGUUCAAUGGCCAAGUCAGAAUUUCAGUAUUUCUGAGAUUGUUACCAUAGCAGUAGUUUCUGCUUUAUUACUGGUUGCAGUCAUUUUUGUGGGCGCUUCUUGUCUGAUUCGUGGCAGAAGCAACAUGGAUGAAGCAAAUCAGCCUCUGCUCACUGAUCAGUAUCAACACUAUGCUGAAGAAUAUGAAAAACUCCAGAAUCCUGAUCAGUCUAUGGUCUAAGAACAAAUGACCCAUUCUCUUAUGCGUUAGUAUCACAAAACCACUUGGUUGAAAAAUAAUAGAUUGAGUUACUAACUAUAUUUUCUUUCACUCUGUUACUUUCUUCCUUAUGCAUGCAUAUGUUAAAAUUAAAACUUUAGAUAUUAUUUUCCAGAACUGAGAAGAGCUACAAUCUUUUCAAAGGGUUCUAUUUUUCAGCUCUAUUUAAAAUGGUAGGUUGCACCAACUCCACGGUGUUUAAGCAGAUAGCAUGAAGAUUUUUGUCAUGUUUUAAAGGUCAGCUGUAUGACGAUGUACAUAAUCUGCUGUGCUUUGUUUAUGUGUAAAGAAAAAUCCUGAUUGAUAGUAAAUCCCUGAUUUAAAUACUUGAGUAGGCACUUCUACAAUGUUAAAAUGUAAAUACAUUUCCAUUCCUUGACAUUGACCAACAGACAUAAAGGAAGCCACAUUUAUUAGUCAAAAUAUAUUAUGUGGAGUUAUAAAUGGGAUCCCAGUUAACUCUUCAAAUUGGCCUUCCCCUUUGGGCAUCAGCAUACAUUAUUUAGUCUAAGGUUCAAGACCACAACAAAAUCACAAUCUUUGUCACACUUUGGAGAGGUAAAAGCUUCACUUUGUUAAAGAGACAGUUAAUCCUGCCUACGUUUGCCAUUGUGUUCUCCUCUCUCUCAAUUCACUGAGAAAGGAACUACCCAUACAUACAUUUCACCUCUCGGUUCCUCUUCUAAUAUCUCAGAGGUCCACAAAGGUGGAGAAUAUGCAUCAUAGUGCUCUACAAAUAGCAUUCAAUUCAUUGUGUUUAAUUUGAAUCCCAUUCUCUUAUCAUUUA